CUACUACUAGUAUAGUAUCAAUUUUUCUCACACGUAGCAUCGGAGGCACAUCACGAAAAGUUCUCCACGGCUAUCAUCGGCGUGUUCUCUCCCCUUCCCUCGUUCCCUCACCUCCUCCCCAUCUGCAUUCUUUGCUGCUACCUGACUCAGGAGGAAGAAGGGAAAGCGAACGAUGCCGAAUCCAUUCACGGAGACAUCCCACACUCGCUGGGGUGACUACUCUGUCCAAGGCCUCAACAUUGAGGUCGUCGCGGAGGUGUCGGACAUGGAUGCUCUCCCGGGCGGCGACGGCAGGUCAAUUAGAAUCCCUCCGUACUUCUGGGGCGAGGGUCCCGCCGUGGACCGGCUGGCGGGGAACGGGAAGCUCAGCAAAGGUGGCGGCUUCCCGGUGCACGUGGGCUACUCGGAGGCGAGGGCUUUGGUCGGCAAGGGAACUGUGGCGGACCUGAGAAGGCUGUCCCUCGAAGCGGAAAACUUGGUGGAGGAGAUGUUUGCUAGCAUCGGCGUCCCGCACAAGCACGAGCAGUUCGGGCCAGAAGCGACUCGGCCCAGGGUGGUGCGGCUGCGGCUGUCGCCGGAGCUCGAGCUGUGGAAAAGCACGCAGCACGCAAUCGGCAACGUGCUGCCACCCAAGGGCGCGGGGCUGACCCAGGCCUCGCCGCGGGCGAUCGCCUUGCUGGGGGCCGGCGACUGGCCCGAGGCCAUGACGACCACCAACGCCCUGUUCGGCUGCGGCAUCGCGAGCCUGCUCAUCGGCGCCGCCGACGCGCGCACAAUGUUCUCCAACUACGUGACCGACAUGGCCUUCUACUACGAGCACGGGUACAACCACGUCUUCCCCUCGCUCCACCGGCUGCUGCAGGACGGGCUCGCCGACGCCCACGCGCGGCGCACCCUCGGCGGCCGGCAGCGGCGCGAGGCCGUCGCCGCCGGCGUGCGGUACAUCCAGGCCAAGAUCGCGCUCGAGGCGGCGCACAGGACGCGCCUCAAGGACGCCGCCGCGCGGAUGGACCGCCGGACCGCCCAGGUCAUCUCCCUGUCCGAGAGCAGCCUGCUCGGCAUGGCGGCCGAGGCCACGGCCCGGGGCUUCGACGCCGGCGCCGUCAUGAGCGACCUCGUCUUCAGCUCGCCCGGCACCGACGUCGUCGACGUGGGAUGUGACCUGGUCAACUCCGAGGUCAUGAACUCGUUCCUUAACGUCGCCGACAUCGCCGCCUCGGGGGUCGUGAGUGAGCAGGCGCUGCGGGACAUCUACGACGCCUACGCCGCCACGUGUGCGCGCAUGUUGACCCAGAGGUGGCACGAGCCCGUGGCCAGGAUGUGCGCCGCCCUGUACACGUGGCACAUACAAAACGACCGGCACAUGUUCCUCCGCCGCGUCGUCCUAGGAUGGCCCAAGGUCCGCAAGUCGCCGGCGCCGCCCCAGCGCGAGGCCGACUUCGACGAGGUCUUCGACGCCGACUUCCGUACCACCGGAUUCAGCAGGCCGCUUGACCCCGCGCAUGCAUGCGACGGCGGCGACACCUGCAACCACGUCCGCCGCUUCCUCGACCACUAUCAGGGUGAGGACCUGCUCGGCGCCCUCUGGUCGUCACUCGUCAUCGGCCCGCUCGAGUACGCCCGGCGGGGCGAGGUGGACGAGCAGCGCGAGCAGUACCUCGCCGAAUCCUCGCGCCUGCUAAUGGCCCAGCUCUUCUCCAAGGGCCUCGUCGUCCAUAUGGUCUGGCUCAUUGCCCAUGCCAACCAUCACGCCUGGCAGGUUAACUACCUAUUCGAGGCCUCCAUGUUUGGCAGCAUCCUGGACGGCGGCGCAUUGGUAGGCAAGCUCGACCGGGCAGAGGGCGAGGAAGCGCAAGGCCAAGAGAAAGAGAAGGACAUGACCUACAUCAAUGUCCGCAAUGAACAAGGUCGUUAGGAUAGAUCCAGCAGGAAACAGAAACGCGAAGGAGGGAAACAUGACGCGUGGGGAAGAUGACUUCGACGAGGAUGGCUACAUAACGUAUCAAAGCUUAAUUUCACCGAGUCUCAAGGCAUUCACUGAUAAUUUGGGAAGCUAGCAGAGCCCAUGAACCUCCUUGAGGCGUGUUUCUCGGAAAUAUUCAAUGCUACAUCUACGGGAAUAUUCUUCAAAAAGUUCUUACGGACAGCCACGGUGGCAGGUCGAUUUCAACAAAUUUGAUUUUUUUUUUUAAAUUGCACGAUCUAAU